UUUCUUUCUCAGAUUAGAUAGAUAUGUCUCACAACAAUCACAUAACCACCGAUUCCCCGCUCUCUCGUCGCAUAGUUCGUUCCUUCCUGCAAUUCCUCAACUCUGUUGAACCAGGGCCUGGGGUUGAUGCCGAAGGGAUUGAGGUUGCUAGGGAGUGUUUGGCAGAGGCCUUUAAGCUAAACUGUGCUGGUGUAGAUGGUGAUCCGCAAUCUGAUUCCUUGAUUGACAUGUUCAAGAGCCUUGAAGCAAGAAAGCAGCGUGAAACUAUCAAGUCAGACCCUAGUCCUAUGGAUGCUUCUAGUUCAUUCUCUGACCAUAAUCCAUCAUCCUUUGCUCAAAAUCAUAUGAAGGAUCAAGAUUGGACACAGGGCACUGACAUUUUUGCAGCAUCCAAAGAUGAACUCUGUGGAAAAUUUUUUGCAUCUCUGGAGAAAAAUCACUAUUUUAGGGUGAAUCACGAUGGAACUGAUGACCCAAUGCAACUAGAGAAAGCAUCUUGUUUAUUUGAUAAUGCUUUUAAGGAGAUGGAAAAAUCUGGGUCCCCAGUAUUAAAUCUGAAGAAUUUGGCUGAAUCACUGAAAUCACUAGGUAACAAGGCAAUGCAAUCCAAGCAAUACCAUGAUGCAAUUGAGUUGUAUAAUUGUGCAAUUGCAGUGCAUGAAAAAAGUGCUGUUUAUUACUGCAACAGGGCAGCAGCUUACACUCAGCUUAAAAAAUAUGAUGAAGCAAUCCAAGAUUGUCUUAGAUCUAUUGAGAUUGAUCCAAACUACAGCAAGGCUUACAGUCGUUUGGGGUUAGUAUACUAUGCUCAAGGAAACUACAGCUUUGCUAUUGAUAAAGGGUUCAGAAAAGCCUUGCUAUUGGAUCCAAAUAACGAAGCUGUUAAAGAAAAUAUACGGGUGGCUGAGCAUAAAUUGCGAGAAGAGCAACACCAUGCAAAUCAUAAUCAGAGUUCAAGAUCAUCUUGGGAAUUCCCGAACCAAUCGACAAGAGGAUCAAGAAGCCAUGGAGUGCCACCUUUUCCAUCAGUGCCAUUUAACCCAAAUGAUAUAGCAAGCAUGUUCAGAGACAUGGCUGCAAAUGUCACAGGUUCGCACCAUGGGUCGCAGUCUCAGGAACGGCCAGUGGAUGCCAAUGCCACAAGUGCUAACGAACCGGAAAUAAGAAUUGGUGGCAAUAUUAAUUUGAACUUUGAUGAAAUGUCUGAUGAUGUAACAGGAGCCUUUAGAUCUAUGAUGGAGAUGUUCUCUGGGAGCUCGUCUCAAGGGCAACGACAAGAUCAUAUGAAUGGAAGAGCAGCUCCAAACUAAGGCUAUGUGUAUGUUUGGUUUAGCGUUCAUGCACAAUCAAAAGUCUUGAACGUUGGACCAAACUUGUUUGGAUGAAUUUUUUAACAAAAUUUUUACCCUCAAACGUACAUUUACUUGAAGCAACAUUUUGUAGUUUUUGUUUUCAAUUCCUACGGUUGAGAAUUGAUUGCAAAAUUUAUUCUCUCAACUAUCCUUCUUCACUUUCUUCUUGUUAUACAUACACGGUCAUCUUCGUUUUAUUUUUCAAUUAUCCUUCUUCACUUCAUCUUUUC